CCGGCCUCCUUGGGUCCUGCGGUCCCCAGGCCCCCAGCUCCCGUCCCCUCUCCCUCCUCCACCUCUUCCCCCUCGGCCUCCGCGCCUCCCCUCCCCCGACUCUCUGACCCCCAAUUCAUUCUGUCCGUUCCCUCCCAUUUCCUCCUUUCUGCUUGGGCCCUCUCCCCAGAGCCUCCCCGCGCGGACCCUGCUGCAGUCUCGGGGUUCUUAGCACAUUUAUGGAAGUUUAGGGCCUGGACAGUGGCCCCGAAUCCGGCGUGAGAGCGCAGCCUGGGCUGCUGGCCGGGAAGAGGAAGAUGUCUGUGCUCAGGCGGAUGAUGCGGGUUUCCAAUCGCUCCCUCCUCGCCUUCAUCUUCUUCUUCUCCCUCUCUUCGUCCUGUCUGUACUUCAUCUAUGUGGCCCCGGGCAUCGCCAACACAUACCUCUUUAUGGUACAAGCUCGAGGUAUAAUGUUGAGAGAAAAUGUGAAAACAAUAGGUCAUAUGAUCAGGCUGUACACAAAUAAAAACAGUACGCUCAACGGUACAGAUUAUCCUGAAGGCAAUAAUUCAAGUGAUUAUCUUGUUCAAACAACAACGUAUCUUCCGGAAAACUUCACAUACUCACCAUACCUCCCCUGUCCAGAAAAACUGCCUUAUAUGCGAGGAUUCCUCAGUGUCAAUGUAAGCGAAGUCAGUUUUGAUGAAAUUCAUCAACUCUUCUCCAAGGAUUUAGAUAUUGAGCCAGGGGGUCAUUGGAGGCCAAAAGACUGUAAACCCAGAUGGAAGGUGGCAGUUCUUAUUCCGUUCCGUAAUCGCCAUGAACAUCUUCCGAUCUUUUUCUUACAUUUGAUUCCAAUGCUCCAGAAGCAGCGGCUGGAAUUUGCCUUUUAUGUCAUUGAACAGACUGGCACACAACCUUUUAACCGUGCGAUGCUCUUCAAUGUGGGCUUCAAAGAGGCCAUGAAAGACAGUGUCUGGGACUGUGUAAUCUUCCACGAUGUGGAUCAUCUACCUGAAAACGACCGAAACUAUUACGGAUGUGGAGAAAUGCCACGUCAUUUUGCUGCAAAGCUGGAUAAAUACAUGUAUAUUCUUCCAUAUAAGGAAUUUUUUGGUGGUGUAAGUGGGCUGACAGUGGAACAAUUUAGAAAGAUCAAUGGUUUUCCUAAUGCCUUCUGGGGAUGGGGAGGAGAAGAUGAUGACCUUUGGAACAGAGUUCACUAUGCUGGAUAUAAUGUAACCAGACCAGAGGGAGACUUAGGAAAAUACAAGUCAAUUCCUCAUCACCAUAGAGGUGAAGUCCAGUUUUUAGGACGGUAUAAGUUACUAAGGUAUUCCAAGGAGCGUCAGUACAUCGAUGGGUUGAACAAUUUAAUAUAUAGGCCAAAAAUACUGGUUGAUAGGUUGUAUACAAACAUAUCUGUAAACCUCAUGCCAGAGUUAGCUCCAAUCGAAGACUAUUAAAAGAAGUGGCUGUCGUGGCAAGAUAGACCACAAUGCUGCAUCGUAAACUUGGAGCGCACUCUUAGUGGAGGUCAGCGAUUGGCUGUGUCACAGUGCCCUUUUCCUUGAGAAGAGCCGGCAGUCCUCAGUGUUUACAGAGUGGGACUAUAUACAGUCACCCUUCUCUCACCCGUCCUCCCUGCUCUGAGACACACCCCUAUGGCGAACAUCGCAGAAACUGGAAGCCACUACUUAAGAUUGGAAGUUAAGAGAGCUCCCUAUGAAGAGAAAAAUUUUUAUACUAAAAUCUAUAAUUUAAUUCAAGAGAAUGCUUUUAUUUCUGUUUAAACAUAUUUUGUAUAUAUGUGAUAUAAAUUAAUGUGUGCAAAUUGUUGAAAAAUUAGAUGUGCUGCAGUUUUGCAUGUAAUCGGUUAUACCUUUAUUGGACUUUUAUAGACAUUUUUUAUUUGCAUGAAAAAAAACUCACUAAAUUUGUGUCACUAAACAAAGGUUAACCCUUGUGUGAAAUGAAGGAACUGUCAAUAAUUGACAGCCAACUAAUACAGUAAACUGUUAUACUAGUUUUGAGCUUUAGACCUCAGCCUUUUGUGUGGAAGAAGUCACAGCUUUCUUAGGCUUUAAAGGGAAAGAAGAAAGGACUUAAACAGCUUUUCUUCCUACUGGGAUUACCUAUGUUUUUCCUUGCUUGCAAUCUCAUCUGAUUUUGCUAGAAAUCACAACCAUAUUGUUUAUGCAUAUUGCAUGAGUAUUACCAAGAAAAUCUUAAAAGUUGUGAUGUGACAUGAUAUAAAGGACCUCUUUAUGUUAAAUGUCUUUCAUGUAUCUCUGGUGUGUCAGGGAUUUUGUGCCUCAAAAAAUGUUUCCAAGGUUGUGUGUUUAUACUCUGUAUUUUUUUUUAAUUCACAGUAAACAGCACUUUUAUUAUUUCCAGUUCAGAAGAGCCAAAAAAAGUAUCUUCAUUUAAAAAGAAAUCAAGUCAGUUUUUUAAAAAGAAUGAUCUAUGGAAGAAAACCCAGUAGUGCUUAUAAUAUACAAAUGAAUUAUACUAUUAGAUAAGAAUUAAAUACUCUAUUUUUAUGAAGAUAAAUACUUAGUAGAUAAAAACAAAUUUUAAGUUUAGUUCUCAGACAGAACUUCACUUUUGGAAGGGACCCUUGAAUGUUAGUUUCAUUCAAAUUAUAUUUUGUCUUUUUCACUUUUAAGAGAUUAUAUCUCUGGUAUUACUAAAAUUUUCUUUCUGAAAGUAUAAUAGAAUUAUUAAAUUACAUCAGUUAAUUUAAAUAAAAUACAUCAGUUAUUCAGUGCGCUGAUGCUAUUAAGUCUUCUAUUUGUAGUAUCUAAAAGUAUAAUUUAAUAGAAUUAUCUUAAAAUACAUGAUGAGUUAUUCAGUGCACUGAUGCUCUAAUGUCUUCUAUAUGUAGUAUCUUCUAUGUUUGCAUGAUUGUCAGGGCUUUGUCCAGUUAUCUUCAUAUGACUGUUCUCUGAAAAAAGGUCUUACUACCUGAUAUCAAGUACAUAUCUUAAUAUUGGAUGAACUUUUCCACAGUAAAGCCAAACAGUAUUUUUUUUUGAAAAUUAGCAAUUAUAAAGAUUCUUUAAAAUAUCUUGAUAUUUUCACAAAUUUUAAACAAAAAAUUAAAUAUCUAUAAAAUGAAUCUUCAACAACAAUGUUGAACAAUAGAAAUCUAUAUAUGAGAGACGUUUGGAUAAUAUUUGUUUGCCUCAAGGAUUGUUUACCUAAAACAGAACUAUGGUUAUUUAUCUCAUAUUGUAAGUUUUAUUUUGAAGUGUCAUUUUUAUGGCAAUAUUGAUAACACAAAUGACCACAAACUAAAUCAUGAAAUAAUUGAAUUCUUACACUUUGAGAAAAUGGAUAGCUUCUCUGUUAUGAUACCAAACAAAAUAUUUUCAUAUUUCUUAGAACUAUUUCCAAAAUAUUUAUAUUUCAGUUUUUUUGUGGUACUCAAAAUAAUGAAAAAUCAAACCUUCUGAAAAUUACGAUAUUUGUACUUAAUUUGUGUAUCAGUUCAUUUUCUGUUUCUAUUACAUAGUUUUUAAAGUCAAUGAAAGAUUGAGAAUGUUAACAUUUGUUGAUCAAUGUGGAGCUGUCCACAUUCGGUAUCUUUUCAUUUUUAUAUAUAUUUUACAGUUUCAAGAAAACUUAGUACUACUAGUAUCUGCCUUAUUUUCUUAAGUCUGACGUUAAUUUUUGUUUCAGGAGUGAGAUAUAAACACUUUUCUUUUUUUCCGUUUUGAAUAUGGUUUGUCAUCCUGUGAAAACCACCUAAUUAGUUUGCUUUUUGUUUGUUUGGUUUGCUUUUUUAGUGUAGACCUAAAAUUAUUUCUGCCUAUAAAUGGUGACCUUAAUGUGUUUCUCUAAGUGACAGAGCUGUGCCCAUUUAUCUUCAUUGUAUGACAAUAAAUUAUUACAUAAAGAUUAACAAAUAUAUUGCAAAUGCAAAUUAUCUUCUUUAUAGUAUGUUUGGAGGAUUUAUUAAUGAGCAUAUAUUGAUUGCCUAUUCCAUAUCCAGUGCAAUGCUAGGUAUGUCUAUGGAAAGAGUGUUAUUACUUCAUUUCUAAACAAAUGAAGUCAAGCAAAUUGAGGUCUUUCUGAAAUUAUGAAGACAUCCUCUGAUAACUUACCUGUUGUAUUUCCUAGUCUUUAAAGUCAAGAAACCCGUAUAUGUGGACUUAGGGCUACUAGGAGGUCCCUAUGGCACUGACUGGAAAAAUUACGUGGUGCUUUUCAACUACAGAAGUAAUGACUAAUGGGCCUGUCUGUAGAGAAGAAAAGGAAAAGAGUACACAUUUGCUGUAACAUGAUAUCUAAUUCACAGUGGAGAUAGUUAAUUUUUUGCCAAAACUAGGGUUUUAUGAGUAUUUUUUAAAUCUACAUUUAAGUUUUUGUUUUUGUGAAAGGGUAUUCAGUAAGAAAACUUUAUAAUAUUAAGUAGAUACAGUUAUGUAUUAAAAACUUCCUUAUAUACCCAGCCAAGAUACUGAUAUCUGUUUUAAAACAAAGUGGAAAAAUGUCCAAUACAAUAUUCUCUUUCUGGAGGCUUCCUACAAGUGAAAGCAGAUUUUGUCAUUUUAUUUGACCUUUGCUUGUCUUUGAUAUAUUUCUUUAUGUGUUUUUCAAAGAAAUACUGUUCUAGAUUUAUUGUCUUGGAUUUGCAAGUAUGCCAGUGGAGAGAACUAAAAUGGUCGUAGUACUGUUUAUCAGAAGGAGGAAGUGUACUUAAGAUUAUUUUAUUUAUUUAGAUGAAAGGCUUCUACAUAAAUGCACUGAAAUACAUGCUAGUAAUUUCUUGUAUCCCACUUUUCUUCUUUUUUUGCUUCUCAUGGAAAUGUUUGUACUUUUUUAUCAUUGUCUUUUAUGAAAUAUAAUGUUCUAAAGA